AUGAACAACCCAACAUUGGCCAUGUUCAUUGACCACCUAGACAGGCAUGCAGGACCUGAUCGGCCGAUAGUGUUGCUAAUUGAUAAUAGUGUGAGCAGUCACAUAUCCAUGCCUGCAUUUGAACUAGCUUGUAAAAGGGGCAUCAAACUUUACCGUAUUGUGCCAAACGCUACGCAUCUAAUGCAGUCUCUGGAUGUAGGCGUGUUUGGACCACUGAAACAAAGGUGGCACCAGGUUGUGAGGUCCCAUACUAGAAUCAGCCCUGGUGUACUAAUCAGCAAAGAGAACUUUGCUGAAAAAAGUAAAGAAGCCUUCCUUCAGUUUUAUAAGCCUUUAACAAUCAUCAAUGCCUUUCGUUCAUCCGGAAUCUACCAAGUGGACAGUACUGUAAUCACAAAGGAGCAUCGUAAACCAGGUAUCACAUUCGGUAGUGCAAAGUCCAAAUCACUGGAUGAAUCCACAACAGAAUCGAGUCUUGAAAUACCAGAGCCUGAUCAUCAACAGCCAAGUGGAUCAUCGCUGGCUCUUGAAGCGUUAGAAAUUGCGCUGACAACACCUAUUAAAUCCAAGUACACUAAACGUAUAAAAGAGAGCUAUGAUGUUGAAGGACAAUCGCCGGGUUUUCAUGUCUACAAGAAACUUCUAUCAACAACAUGUCCCAAAACUGUGACAAACAAACCUAUAACCGCCUUAGUGUGCGAACCAUCUGAAAACGUACAAAGCAAGCCAGCUGUACAAAGUGAAACAAAUGUUGAGAAUGAGCCUUUCUGUGGACUUGAUAUGUUAGCAACAGUUGCAUCUGCGUGUAGAUCAGAAAAACAACAAUCUUCAAUUAUUUCACCAACAUUGAAGGAGGCACUUAGAUUCCCAUCAGCUGCGCAGAAGAAAUUGAAGCGAAAAUAA